UUAUAUUUUUUGUGCCGCUGUGUUGUGACUUGUCGCACUUGAUAGUGUUUGCCAUCGCACUAUCCGACUCUCGUAGUCGCAUAUCUCGCGUAUAUUGUUACUUAUAUUAGUCCACGCGUACUGUAAUAACUUUAAGUUUUAACCGUACAAAUUGUUUUCAGCUAUAGUGCUGUACCUAUAUUGUUAUUGUUAUAUUGUUAAAUUGUGUUGUGUUUCAACUUGAUCGAGAUCUAUAAGUUCAAUAAACCAGUAUAAAAUGUGGAUCAUAGUUAGUUUUGACGAUGAAGAUGCUGUAGAAGCUGUUCCUGCUCACUGGAUUAAAAAUAACAUGUGUGCCUGGCCAAAAAAAGAUACAAAAAAACAUAUACAACGUAGGACUAUUCCAAAUAAAUUUGAUUUUAAUUAUUUUAAAUCAAGAAUUUUGAAAAAAGGCAUUGGAACAUUACAUGAAGCUCGAGAAAUGGUUAAAUUGGCAGAGGAGACAAGUGACCUAUCUAAUAUAGAAAACACAAAAAGGAAAAAAAAAACUACAAUCAAAAAUGUAGAACCUCCUCAGUAUAUUGAAAAAUUACAAUUACAUAAAAAUAAACAAAAUGAUGAUUUAGUUUCUAGGGAGGAUUUUGAUAGGUCAAUAACAUUUGAGACUUCACCCAAAAAGCAGAAAACAGUUACAAGUUAUGAUUUUAACCAAAAUUUAGAACAUAACUAUAAAGAGAUCAGUACAAUAGAGAAUUGUAAGACACAAUCAUUAAAAUCCAAACUAAAUAUGAUUGGUUCUAGAUUUUCAAAUGAAGGUCAUACUAAUCAUCAGAUGUCAGAUUGCUCUCCUUCAAAAGUAAAAAGAACUCUUUUUAAACCAAUAAGUACAUCAAUUCAAGAGAAUAAGUCUUCAUCAACAACUCCAGAAAGUAAUCAUGAAAUAUCAUCCAUCGUAUAUACAUCAUCUUCUCCAUUUAAGGUCAUAUCACAAGACAACUAUCAAUCAUUAAUUCCUGAUGUUCAUGAAGAAAUAGUGUUAUCAGAUUAUAAUACCAAACAGUUAUCAAAUCUUAGCCAUAGACCAUCCACAUCAACUAAACACAAUUGUAAUGAUGAUUUAAAAAUCAAAAACAUGAUGCCUAAGCCAUAUUCAUCUACAAAAUUCAAUAAUUAUAUUAUUAAAGAUCACAAAAGGAUGAAUGAAGUUUCACCGCAGAGUAAUUUAGCCACCACACCAAGAGGCACCAAUUCAUCUGACCAACAUUCUGAUAUUUUGAACAGGAUCUUAAAUGUGGUAUUAAAGAUUAGGUAUGAUGUACAGUCCAUUCAACAGAAGCAGAUGGAAAUGGAACAGGCUCUAACAGUUGCAAUAAAUCAAGUAAAUGAAACCAAAGGCUCCACUCACCAAAAUAUAUCAACAGAAGCAGAAGAUUUUUAUUUAAUGAUUCCCAUAAUGGACGAAGAACAAUUAUUUAUAUUUGAAGAAAAACUUUUGGAAAAGUCUUAUAAAUUAUGUGUUGUAAAUGAGCUCAAACGUCUUCAAAAAAAAGAACUUAAUUCUACGGUAAGAGGCUUACUAAAAGCACUUUUCAACGAUGAUGUCUUAAAAGAAUAUAGUUAUGUUGGGCAAAAAAAAAAGAAAAUUUUCUGUUCAUUAAGAUCAUGUGCAAUAGUUUUUGAAACGAUUAGAAAAAUGAAAAACUUCCAAAGUUCAACUAACGCAACUAUUGAAGACCCAAUUAAAAAAUACAUAGCUGGUGCUGGUUUUAGAAAAUCUUCUAAAAAUAUAGAUUAACCAAAAAUUUUAAAUUUCAAUUAUUCUAUUAAAACAAACAUUUUAAAGAUAUAAAAUACCUGUUUAUUAAGUUCAUAUUUGUAUUGUAAUAUUACAAAAGUUUGUUAUUUUUAUUUUAUGAUACUAUAAUAAUAUUAUAUAUGCCUAUAAAUAUUAUUUUACAAGCUAUUCAUUAUAUUUUCCUUAUUUUAAAUAAAAAUUAGAAAUAUUUUAUUUUUUUGUUUACUGACUGCAUUUUAAUUUAAAUAUCCAUACAGUCUUGAAUGGUAUAUAUAAUAGCUUUAUGUUAAACUGAAAUGUACAGCAAACUAAGAAUAGAUGCUUUUUUUCUAACUGUUAUUUCAACAGCCUAAGGUAUGUUGGCUUAUGGAAAAACUGUUUACAAAAUUCAUUAAAUGUGUAAGUCAAAGUACAUAGGUAUCAUUUUGUAAGCAAAA